UGAUAAACGAAAGCGAAUUUGAAGCUUUUGAUGCUACGGAGAUGUUUUCGUAUGGACUUCAUGGAUAACUAGGGCGCUUGAGGGCUCAGUGACCUGAGGUUUGUCUCCAGACGUCCAGAGAGUUCACGGAGCCUCUGCGAAGUAAACUCGGUCCUGAUGUUUCCAUGUUGCUCCUGGCCCUUCUCCAGACCCAACGUGAGGGACGUCAGCUUCAGCAUGAGAGGCCUCAGUAACCACCAUCUGUCCUGCUGUGUGAACGCUAUGCUGCAGACCCUCUGUGCUACCUGGGAGCUGACAGACCUUCUAGACAGGUGGGAAUCGUCUGGUGCACGAGCACCCGGUCACAACGUCCCCCUGCAGCUAAAGAGGGUCCUCUCCUCCAUGAGGAGCUCCACCCCUCAGCCUGUUUAUCAUCAGAACUUCCUCCACUGUCUGGAACACAACUGCAUUCAAAUGAAUGUGCAGCAUGAUGCAGAUGAGCUGUUCCUCUCUGUCCUGAACUUGAUACAACAGCAGAUGGACGACAAAGCUCUGGCUCUUGAAAUCCAGAAUCUGUACAAGGUGUCUGUAGAGAUGCACCUGCAGUGUUUGGAGUGUACGUCUGACAAGACUCAGAUCAGCUUUCUGCUUAGCCUGCCGCUGCACAUAAGGGAUGAAUACAACACUCUGGAAGACUGCAUGGCCUCUUACUUUGAGCAUCAGGAGCUGAGAGGCAGGAAUUGCUGCUACUGUAGACAGUGUGGAACAAAGACUCCAUCCAAACAGGGUGUCAAGUUGCUGUCCUUGCCUUCGAUCCUGCGCAUUCAGCUGAAAAGAUUUCGGAAUAACGCCAGUGCCACGCAAAAACUGAAUUGCAAGGUUACCUUCCCAGAAACUUUUGACUUCUCUGAGAUUGUUAAUGAUGCAUUUUCCUCAGAAUUUGCUCAGAGAGACUGCAGGUACACUUUGUUUGCAGUGGUAGUCCACUCUGGCCAUGCAAAAGAGGGGCACUAUACUGCUUUUGUCCGUCAUAUAGUGAACCAGUGCUGGUACUAUACAGAUGACAGCCACGUAAAACAGACCUCCUGGGAAGAAGUAAAGACAGCCUAUGGAGGCGGGUACAGGCACACAGCUUACAUGCUAAUGUACCGAAGAGUUUCAGAAGCAGGAGGACAUCAAGCUGAGAACUCUGCCUGAGGAGCAGAUCCAUGAGGCUGGGAUCCUCGUGCAAUGAACAGUGAACACGGAAAUACUAAAAAAUAGGAAUAUAAACACUUAUUUACUCAGAAUUAUUUAUUGUUAUUCAAAAUUUGUGACCUUAUGUGGUAAUGAAUUUAUUUUGAAUCAUUUUCUUACCUCUAAAAGCUCAUUCAGAUUUUUUACCACUAUUGUAAUGUCUUCCUGACACCAGUAGGUGGCAUUAAAGACUCAAAACCAUCAUGGUUUUCCCACUCUCGGACCACACACACUGUGAACACACUCAGUCAUACUGGGGGGUUGGUUUGAGGAGAAUGCUUAGCUUAGAUAUUCACUGUGCAAAGGGAAAUACCUGUUAUUGGACUCAGUGCUCAUUUUCCUGACACUGUUUUUGUUCUGUGUGAGUCACAAAUGAGGACAAGGACAUUUUCCCUCAUUUGAGGUGCCAAAAAAGCGCACACAAAAAAAGCAGCUUCAGCAUUUCCCUCUAAAUGUUUUUAAUGCAGUUCCUUACAACCUGCAAGCAUUAGAAGUGUUACAUCUUGCUUUUUGUACACCAAAACCUGUGCUUUAUUAGCUCAAAAUCUCUGCACCUAAGGUGCUGAAAAGUGUUUUGUAUGUUGUUCUUUUUAAAUUCACUUUGCCAUAAAAGAGAGGUUAAAUGUUGCAUUCACAGCCAAAGUGCCUAAAUGCUUGGUAUUGGCUGUCAAAAAAGCCUCUAAAGUUCCCACUCGCUUUGCCAAGAGUCGGGGGACCAUGUGAAAUGGUGCCUAUGUGCUGCAGAGCGCUGACAGAAUGGAACAUGUCUGCACAGUGCUACAGGCAGCAGGCCUCAUGCUUAGUCAUCUCACUGCCAUGUAGCAUGAAGCAGCUUUCUGUAUACGGGGGGAUCAUCCUCCCACGUUCAGAUCAAAGAUCAAGGCUGGAUGUGCACGUGGUGUUUCGAUUUGAGUCAGUCAUUGAUAUGUUUUGGUGAAUCACAUUCAUUAUGUGAGACAUUUAAGCUCAUCUCUCAAGUAGGUCUUAUUAGUGGAAUUAGCCAUAAUAACAAAGAGUAUUGAAAUAUAUCAGGAGGUGCUUUACCAUUCAUCAAUGACAUCAAAUGUUGCAAUCAGUCUGACCUAUUUUAGAUUGCAUUAUCAUCUGUAAUAUAAUUUUGGUAGAAGUGCUGAAAUCAUGUAAAUGGUGCAGCCAUGACCUCUGACACAGCUCUUAUAUUGUAUUAUACGUUCACUGAUCACUUUAUUAGGUAUAUGUGCUCAUUAACACAAAUAAAAGGAUUACUGGACCACUUUGAUAUAACUCAUGUUGAGUGUAUUAAAGUUAAACCCUGUAGAGAUUUACAGUCUGCAGCCAAACUGUAACUUUUCAUUAGCUUGCUGCAGCUGGACAGAACUCACCAUGGUUGCACAAUGCAAAAAAUAACUAUUAUUUACAGCUGUUUAAAGGCACGCAGAACAUUACCUCACAUUCCUAGAUCCUGCCUAAUACUAAUUUUUGAUUAUUAAUUCUCUGACUGAGGAAGGAAAGAGCGUGUAUGCACUAUUGUGCACAGAAGGAGAGGAAAAAUGAGAAAAUUGAAUUUCCUCAUCAGCCCUAUUGUCACUUUUUGCUAGUUAAAUGUGGAAACAAUGCAGCUAUGAAUCACUUCCAGCGUGCAAGCAUGCUGGAAAAUGCUUGAUCUGACCUGCUUCUUGUAUAAUGUGAUUUCCUUAACUGACGGCAUUAAUGUCAUAUACCAUGGACAGUUUUUGGGAAGAUUUUACAGUAGUGUAAAUUUGAUUUUGGACCCUGAUCUUGAGCAUGUCUGUAUGCUUAAAUGCAUUGGUUUUUGCCAUGUGAUUGACUGGUUAGAUAUUUGUGUUCAUGAACAGUUGAACAGGUAUACCUAAUGAAGUGAUCAGUGAGCGUAUAACUUUGAAUUUGAACUUCAAAAAGGAGUAGUGUGCAUGCUUGGCACUUUUACUUUUGAUUCUGUGGGUCUGCUGCAGAUAACACAUCUGCACUUUCACCUGACUGCAGGAUCAGUGUAGGUAAGCUACAUUUUGUAGCUGGUAAAGAUAGAGGUACUUUGCUUUUUGAAAUAAACUGUAAACUCCAGGGGUUGGGCACAUUUAGGGCAAUAAAAGCCCAAUCUUCUGAAUUAUGAAGGAGUAGAAGUAUAAAGUUGCAGUGGUAUUAAA